AUGCGAAAAAGACACGAAAAAAUUAUUGAAUUUGUGAAUGCACACACAAGCACCAACACACACACACACACACACACACACACACACACACACACACACACACACACACACACACACACACACACACACACACAAACAACACACGCACACAAACAACACAUACACACAAACACACACACACACGCACACAAACAUGCACACACACACACACACAGAUUCAAUUGGUCGUACAUAUCAACAGUGGCUGACGAGGGGAACUACGGCGAGAAAGGGAUCGCGGCUUUUGAAGCUCUGGCCCAAAAAAAUGGCUCGUUUUCAUGCAUUUGUAUCAGCAAGUCUUUGAAGAUACCGCGUGACGUCAAGCCGGAUAUAUUCGUCCGGAUACUCGAAGAAUUAUCCGACUCCCGAGCCAAAGUUGUUGUCAUGUUCGUUAAUGAGGAUAACUGUCGCCGAUUGGUCAACGCCUCGGUGACCCACAACAUGGUGGAGAAUUUCUAUUGGCUGGCGAGUGAUAGCUGGGGGGCGAAGGCAGUCCCUGUCACUGAACAGGAGUGGGCUGCCGAGGGCACGGUCACCAUUCUGCCAGAGAGGCAGUCAGCGAAACAACCACAAAAAAUUCCAGGCUUCGACGAUUAUUUCAUGCAGCUGAACCCAGAGAACAACAAACGCAACGUCUGGUUCAGAGAGUUCUGGGAGAGCCACUUCAACUGCAAAAUCAACAACAACAACAACAGCAACAACAACAACAACGUAAAAUUUUGCACAGGGCAAGAAAAAAUAACCCGCCCCAAAUACGAACAAGAGGGGGUAGUCCCAUUCGUGGUUGAAGCGGUGCAUGCCAUGGCAUACGCCCUCCGACAAAUGGUCGCAGAUAACUGUCCAGGGCUCUUAGCUCCUCUACAAAAUGAGAGAAUUUCUCCAAAUCCCGACGGCCAGAUGCUGCUUGGUUACAUUCGCAGGACGAGUUUUAUUGGGACCGCUGGACAAAGGAUAUUUUUCGAUAAAAAUGGUGACCCACAAGGGAGAUACACAAUUUACCAGUACCAGAGAAAGCAACAACAACAUCAACAACAACAUCAUCAUCAUCAACAACAACAACAACAACAACUAUUGGAGUUGAACUUGCACUUGACUCGUUGGAAACAGGCGAGCCCAUCCCAGCCAACAUCAGUCUGCAGCGAGGAAUGCCAAAAGGACGAAAUUAAAAAGACCGAAUCGGGUGACUUGUGCUGCUGGGUCUGCAUAAAAUGCGGCCCUUACGAAAUUAAAAAAGGGCCGAAUUGUCUCAGCUGCCCAAAUGGUACGAAACCAGACGAAAUGAAGAUGAAAUGUCUUGAAAUCGAUGUAGAGUACAUGAGUUUCAACAGCCCGUGGGCUGUUGUUCCAGCCAUUUUCGCUUCGUUUGGAAUUAUUACGGUUGGAUCAAACUUGAUGUUGAAAAUCUUCUCUCUCUCUUUUUCUCUCUCUCUUUCUCUCUCCCCUCUCCUCUCUCUCUCUCGAUGCCAGUCAUAUUGGUGUUGUAAAAAUCUGAAGUGUAAACUCCAUACAGAGCGGCUGGGCGCCUCGUUAUCCAUUUCCUACUCGGCACUUUUCACGAAGACUAAUCGGAUCUCGCGAAUAUUCAACCAAGGAUCGAAAUCCGGUCGAAAGAAGCCGAUUUUUACUAGUCCGAGAUCGCAGUUGAUUAUAUGUGCUGGCCUGGUGUCGAUUCAGUUGCUCGGUUCGGUGGCAUAUUCGGUACUGGAUCCGCCGAAACCGUCGGUUCAAUACCCGGACCGAGGCACGGUGUGGUAUCGAUGUAACAACGGAGGUACCCCAAUAGCGGUUUCGCUACUCUACAACAUGCUCUUAGUUGUGCUGUGUACCGUGUAUGCCGUUAAAACUCGAAAAAUACCGGAAAACUUUAACGAGACGAAAUACAUUGCGUUUGCCAUGUACGCUACUUGUGUCGUUUGGACCAGCUACGUCCCGAUCUAUUUCGGCAGUCUUAAGGGCGAUUUCAGGGUUGGCAUCCAGAUCUCCGGCUUGUGCAUGUGUGUUAGCAUCAGUGCCUACAUCAACCUCGCUUGCAUAUUCUUACCGAAAGUCUACGUUGUAGUCUUUCAGCCACACAAAAACGUCAGACAAACUGCUAAAAAAGGUAGUCCUAAUUAUUAA